AUGGUCCAAGAGGGACUCUGUGUCUUCAUCCCUUGCAACUUCACUUAUGACCCAGCUGAUGCCGAUAUUAAUUCCAAAUUGAAUGCUUACUGGUCCAAGGGAGGAUGUCCACCUUCUCCUUUAGUGGCCACCAAUGAUCCAAAGAAAACUAUAGCAGAUAUUGCUCGGAAUCGCUUUUUUCUUUCAGAGGAAGUGGAACAAGGCAACUGUUCUCUUGUCAUCAAUGAUGCCCAAAGAAAUGAUGGUGGGGAGUACUGCUUCAGAAUGGAGAAAGAAACUGCUGCAAAAUUUAAUUUCCCAGAUAGAUUGAAAUUGACUGUAAGAGAAUUGCAAGACCCGGUAAUAAACUUUUCUGGGAAACUUAAGGCGAACGAUCAUGUAAAUAUCACUUGCACAGUGCCAGGAAGGUGUUACUUGAAGCCUCCACAUGUCUCCUGUAAAACAGUGGCUAGAAAUUUCACACUGAGUGCCUCUGUGUCAAAUGAUACCCACGUUCACAGUGUGUUUGACUUUACACCCUCAGUGGCAGACAACAAGCAGAACCUCACCUGCGCAGUCACCUAUGGAAAUGGAACCACCUCUAUCAACAAGGAGACAACUAUCCUUCUGAACGUCACAUACCCACCCGAGACGCCAGUUAUCAGUUACGAAAUUAGACGUCUAGAUAACAGUUCUGAAAAUGGAACAGAUGCCUCCCAGAUCACCAUAGAGGAAGGCGAAAGUGUGGUCUUAUACUGUAAAGCAGUGGGCAACCCAUCAGCCAACGUAACGUGGUUAAAUGGAUCAAAUAAUAUCAUAGCAGACAAUGAACUGAAGCUUUACAAGGUCAAGACCCAAGGUGAUUACAUAUGCCUGGCAACAAAUUCAGAGGGCUCCAAUAAUAAAGACUUCCGCAUCCUCCUAAAAUCAUCGGGGAAUCCGACGGAGCCAUCGAAUGCUGUUUAUCCAGCGGUGGGUGCCCUGGCUGUGAUUGCGGUCAUUGCGUUCAUCAUUGCAAUCAUCUUGAUUUUCAAAAGGUACCGGAGGAAAUCUAUGAUGGACUUGGAAUCUCAUAAAAGACUCCAAACACUCCAUAGCGACUUCCCCCCUAGUGACCAGGAUCCCAACCCCAUAGAUAAUGAUGUUACCAAAGAACCAGAAAAAGCUGAAGAAUCCACUGACAAAGUCCCCAGUGACCCUGAAGACCUUCAUUAUGCAUCUUUGACGUUUAUUGCACGGCAGGACAUACCAGAUGUGAUUCCAGAAGAAAUUCAAACAGAGUAUGCUGAAAUCAAGAGAUGCUCUCAGACUGUUCGAUGAAAACACAAACAUCAAGUAACAGGACUCUUCAGUCUAAUUGAAAUUGAGGAGAAGGCUGCGUCCUCGUUCUGAUCUCCUGUAUGCCUUUAGAAGAAAUCAUUUCCUUCUAUAGCAUUGCCUGUAUUGGAUUACACAGCUUCAACUAAUAAUAUAGUUGCCAUCCCGACCAUUCACCAAGACCUUGAUUAAUAUGGCCUCUCUAGGAAUCUCUCGAUCUUCCAGUGUUACUCUAUGGUCUAGACCCAUCAGAAUGUGACCAUAGAGUCCUACUGGAAGACCGAGAGAUUCCUAGAGAGGCCAUAUUAAUCAAAUCUGGAAAUGAUCAAAUCCUCAAAUGUAGAGGAUGGUUAACAUUUGUAAUUUGCUUAUAAUCCAUUCCAGGAUCCAAUUACCUCUGAUCCUGGAAUGGAUUGUUGAUACCUCUCUAGGAAUCUCUCAGUCUUCCAGUGCUAUUCUAUGGUCAAUGUUGUCCAGACCAUAGAGUUGCAGUGGAUAAACUAGAGAUUCCUAAAGAAGCCAUGUUAAUCAAAUCAGAAAAACAUCAAAUCCAGAAAAUUGGCCGACUCUAAUGAUUAAUUUAUAUAACGGUGAUCUCCAGCUCUUGAAGAUCUGGUUGUCUUCCUUCUUGAUGGUGUUUAGAUGUGAAGAGGGGAGAUCUUUAUUGUGCAAGAAUAUUGUAGGGACACGGUAAAAUAACCCCCAUAAAAUGAUCUAAAGCUUAGGGGAAUUAGGGAACUUUUGGUCUUGCAUUGGCUUUGGACUACAACUGCCACAAUACCUUAUCAUCAGCCAUAUUGGUUUGGACUGUUCAAAAUAUCUGGGAGGACCUUCGAGGGGAUGGAUGUCUUGUUGAAAAACUGCAAAUAAUAGAAAGGAUUUUUUUAACCUGAGAGAUUCCCUUUCUAGGAAUUUCUAGGUCCUUCAGUGUUACUGAAUGGUCAACAUCAACCAGAAUUUAGAAAUUUCAAGGGAAUUAAACCCACAAAUGUGGAUGACUGGGUGUAAUUUAUUUAAUAAUAAUAUCUGAUCCUGGAUGAUCUGCCUGUCUCCUUCCUCGAUGAUCUCCUUCCUCGAUGAUCUAUGAUGUCCUCAGUUUCUGAUUAUUUUAUUAUUUGAAAGCCGCACAAUUUCUUUUUGUAAGUCUGAGGUUGUUUGUUCCCCUAACCCUCCAUCCAAUGUCACGUUGCUGCCUUCAUUUAUUUGCAAUAUUUAUUUAUUUGUGGUAUUUUUAUACCACUCUUCUCAACCUCAAAAGGGGACUCUGGGUGGUUCGCAGUGUUGGCAACAAUUCAUUGCCUUUGAUAAAAAACAGUAUAAAACAUCAACAUUGACCCCCCCCCCCUCCUGA